AAGAGAUGGAAUCCUUCCUCUUUGAUGACAUCGGCUGCAUGAUCCAGAACAAAGCUAUAGAGAGAAUCAUCUCAUCAAUGACUGUUCAGCUUUGCCAUCUGCUCAUCUCAGUGGAGAUGAAAGAUGUAAACAAUAAAGCGUUUGCUUCUCUGGAGAAGAUGGCAGAAGAGCUUGCUGAGGCCAGUGAAGAGUUUGUGCAAGUUGCUGAGAGGUUGGCAGAAGAUGCUGAGGAGUGGUUCCGGGAGGAAAUGCAGCUGGUGGCCCAAUCUCUGAUCCAGUCUGGGAGGAACAUCAGGGUGGUGGCUGGGAAGCUCCAUCUGCAGCCAGGAUGUCAGUACCACCGGGAGGAACUGGUGACCACAGCACAGCAGAUCCUAGUGGACACCACAAAGGUCCUGCUCCUGGAAGACGCAGUGACUGCGAGGAAGGUUGUGCAGGCGGCUGGCUGGUGCACGACCCGUCUGGACGCGCUGGAGGCUGCAGACGGCACAACCUCCCUGCGCGGCCCCUGGGCUGACCUGGCCGCAGCGAUGCUGCACCUUGGCCGCCUGAUGGCCCGGGGGCCGCCCGAGCGCCUGGGCCCCGCCGUUCGCCUGCUGCGGUGCUGCGUCCCCGCGUUGCUCGCCGCCGCCCGCGGCCCCGUCCGGCAGCCGCGCACCCCGCAGCUGUCUGACUCCCGGCGCCGCGUCUUCGCUCUGAUCAGAAGGAGCCUCGGCGAGCUCCUGGGGCGGCUGGAGCCCGGCGCCGCGGCCCCGGCAGCUGGAGCGUUCACCCGGCGCCUGCAGCAGCUGCGCCAGCUGCUGGUGACGCCGGGGUCCGAGGGGCUGAGCGGCGGCCAGAUGGACGCGCCCCUGGCGGCCGUGGUCUGGCACUGCCUGCGCCUGGCCGCCUGCUCCGCGCCUCCGGAAAGGCGGCACCUGGUGGCCCGCUGCGCCCGGCUGCUGCAGCUGCACGGCGCUGGCGUCCGGCGUCCGGACGGGACCUACGGGCCUCUCAGAAUCGAGACCGGACAGCAGAGGCUGGAUCCCGGGAAGAAGUGCGCAGCGCUGUGGGCCGCGACCGAGGCCCUCUCCCAGGGAGUGCGCGCUGGGCUACUGCGCCGGAUCCUGGACACGUUCACAGACACCAGCAGUCCUCUCCGAAGCCUGGUCCACGCCACCCAGGCGACUCCCCCAGGCAGGUCCUCGGGGGACGGCGAGCACUCACGGAGGAGCCUCCAGCUUUUGCUUGCUGCAUUCCAAGACCAGGCCAAGCAGAUGCUCCACGUGGCCCAGUUGGUUUUGGUUCACUGCCCUGGACAUCAGACAGGCGGGAACAUGGAGGCCGCCAUGGCACACGUCUGGGAGCUUGUAGUCAGCAUACGGCAGCUUUUCUCACAAGGCUACCAAGGGUCUGGCCGGGACUGGAGCCCUGCAGCCCUGCAGGACCUGCUUGGGGCCUGGGUCUGGGCAUCUGAACGCCUGCUGGCGUGUUUUGAUGAUGUUCUCGACAUUCCUGAAUUCCUCAGGGUGUCCAUUCAGGAUAUGAUCAAGCAUUUGGAUUUCUUUGCAUGGGCUUUGAAGAGUGCAGAGUCCAGAGAGUUUUCCAGAUCUGUGGCCUACUUACAAGGUCGAGCCACACACAUAGUGCAGGUAAUGAGCAGGUUUGUGGGCCAAAAUCGAGACCCCAUCUUCCGCAAUGGCCUGAGAGUCUUGAUCCGGCAGCUGGAGCAGUCUGCUUCUGUCCUGGGUAUAGCUGCAGAACAUGGUUCAAGUGGGUACAGUUCUCAUGACACAGAUGUGUUUUUAACCAUGGCAAAAAAUCUCAUCUAUUCAGCUCAGCAAGUGCAAGAGGGGCUCGAGGGGACCAAUCACCCAGACAUCCUCAGUCCCCUCCGACACCAGGUCCACAGAUUUGACAUUGGUAGGGGCUGGCCAUAUUUCAUUCUCUCUGCCCUUCAGGACCCCACAUCUCCUGAACUGAAAUACCAGAAGGGUCCUGAAUUAGGGGAACAUGAGCAAGGCAUACCCUGGCCCUCAAUGGAACGUCUUUCCCACCUCUGGAUUCCUGACAUCCAUGCGCAGAGGAGAGACCUUCUAGCACUCACCACCAGCAAAGCCAUUCUGUCUGUGGAGAGCCAGGGUCACCAGGCAGUGACCUCAGCUGGCACCAAUGCACUGCAGCAGGAUCUUGCUGCAGGUGCAGCUUCAGAGGCCCCAGCUGGAGAGGAACCACUGGGGUCAAAGAGGACAGAACUCCAAGAAGUCUUGAUGUUAGCACCUUCUGAUAUUGACCUAACAAAGGAGUUAUCCCAGAGAAUAACUGAUAGACGUAAUAGGCUUCCAGAAACGACUGUCCAGCUACCUGAAAGGACCAGAAAAAGCAAGCAGGCUUUGGUCGCCUUGGCUGGUGACUGGUACCUGCUGUGUCAACAACUCUUUUGUUACAACCCAACAAUUGGUCUACAAAGGAACAUUGCAGUGUUCAUGGAGCUUCAGCAGAACUUAGCCUUAAUGGUUCAACUAGCAGCUAAAAGACCAGUCUAUUUGGAUAAGAAGAGUCCUGAUUCAACAGGGUAUCCAGAAAUGCUUUUACAAAUGCAAGGUCAAUUGGAGAAGACAGAGAUCCAUGCCAAACAGCUGUUGGACCAAGUUCUGGCUUCUGAUGGUCUCCAAGCUCCCAAAUCAUGGGAAGACAACGUUGAGGAUGGGUGCCUCCUAUGGUCAGUGGCUGUCCAAGACCUGAUCCAAUCCAUGGAGAGGUUCAGCAAGAGACAAAGUCUGUUCCUACUACCCCUGCGACAGGCAGUGAAGGACCAGCAAGGGUUGCAAGAAGGGUUGGCCCACAUAGCAGAUGUUUCUCAAAGGCUGCAGGAGGCUGCCAGGCUAUCUGGCCUUCUCUGUGGGGAUGAGCAGGUAAAGGGUGAGGUCUCCUUUCAGUGCAGGGAAGUUCAUGUAGUCAGAGAUGCUCUGCUGGAUGUGGCACAGAUCCUGGUUUCCUCUCCCAGACCAUCUCCCAGCUUGUCCACACGCUUUGACCUUCUCUGCUUGGAGCUCACCCUUCGAGCCAAGGCCCUGAUGGACUACCUCAGUACCAUAAAUGCAGACUACGAACAUACUUUCCAUGGUGCUGUCUGUCCAAGGCUCUCUGUGUGCAAGAACCCCCAGAGCAGGAAAGAAAGUUCCCUGGAAAGAAUGGUGUCUGGUAUCCAAGCUGUACAGGGAAUCAUAGCAAGAGAUCAAGAGUCUGAGUCCUGCCAGGAAGAUCUUCUUAUGGCUCUGGAGAGCAUUCUUAUCCUCACCAAGGAAGUGGCCCAGAGAAUUCCUGGGUUUCAAGAGCAUCCUGAGGAGCUGGGAUUGUAUAUGCUGGAUUGCCUUCGGUGCGAGUGGGCAGCCAAGGCCCACCAUGCGGUGGCCCAGCUCCAGGCCUGGAAAGGAGGUCACCCCAAGGCCUGGAGAUUCCUGGCCCAGUGCUUGAAAAACGCAGAAGAGCCAGUAAGGAUCCCAGAACAGGAUGCCAUCUGGAUCCAGCUGCAGUGUGAGGAGGGUACAGCAGGAGCCUCUGCAGGGGCCAGGGUGGACUCAAAGCAUGAUGAUGCCUCUAGAGGCUCCCCAAGGAGCUUGGGGUGGGGGCUGCCCUGGCCUCCUGACACACGGAGCCUCAGCGCCCCUGUGCCCUGGCUGAGCAGCUCUACCCCGAGGACCGCAGUGCGGACAGCGAGAACACAAUCACCCGGAUUGCCCGAGAGACGACGGGGAGGCGCUGCUGCUGAUGGCUCAGAGUCUGAGCAAGAGGGCGUGUCCUGGUGCUGGGAUGCGGCAGCCCGGAGGCCGCAGGGGGAAACCCCUCCCACCGCGCCCGCCCACGCCAGGGCAGCGGGAGGCCACGCGGGGGACUGCUCAGCACGCAGCCUCGGCGGGUCCUGCCUCCUCUGCCCGGGUGUACCAAAACCUCCGCCUUCCUCUUCCCCUCCUCUUUUCAGCCUGAAGAAGGAACUGAAGCGAGUCCUUUACGUCUUCGAACAUUUCCCGAAACAGAGAUCAGAAGAACUGAAACCUCCUGUGCCGGUCACACAGCCGGCAGGGGCAGGGCAGCUUCCCGCGGCCUUCUGGAGGCCAACCCUGAUCCACGAUCUCCACGAUCCACGAUCACGGACCAAAGACGAGCUAAGUACCUCUGUUAGGAAAAUUGCAGCUUCUGGACAAAACUUCACUAGACUCGUCUGCAUCAUUGCUAAGAAUUGUGUGGAUCAAAGAUGUUCCCAGGAGCUUUUGUACAUGGUAGAGCAGAUUCUAACAGUAAGCAACCAGCUCCACAUCAUCUCCAGGUAGGAAACCUCUUUCCUCAAAGCUGCUAAGCCUAUUUUUUUAGGACUCAAAGGUCUUUUAGUUUUCUAAUCCUCAGCAGUUUGCCCAACUCUCUACUUCCUCUGAAGUUGCAGGCAUUUACUCCAAUAUUAUUGCUAUCAUAAUUGAGGGUUAAUUUGCAAAUGCAAAUCUCCUUACUUUCCAGCCAUGUCUAACCAUUAGCUCUCUAUUUUGUACUAAUCAUAUCUAGUGAAAAAGCCAGUUAUCUUGACAACACAGUCAGGGACUACAUCGUAAUGGUUUUGUCAAUGACACAGCAUAUUUCAAGAGUGGUCCCACUAGUGAUACCAGCUAGUGACAUCUUAACCAUCUUUUUUUAAAACAAGACUCUCACUCUGUAACUCAGGGUAGUUUUGAAUGCACUGUGUAGCCCAGGCUGGCCUCAUGAUCUUCCUGCCUCAGUCUCCCAAGGGCUGGGAUUACAGGCGUGCACCACCACGCCUGGCUUCAGAGCCAUUUUAGCCUGUGUAAGUACACUCUGUGAUGCUCACACAAUAGAAUCAGCUAAAGAUGCAGUCCUCAGGAUAGAUUUUUGCCAUUAAUCAAUGUGCAAUUGUACGUUAAUAGCAAAGGAAAGCAUUAUGGAUGUCGUCUGCCAAGGAAGGUUUUCCUUGCACAAAGUUCCUGUUAAACUUCAUCUGUUAAAUGUGCCCAAACCCUGGAAUUGAGUGGUUUUUGUUGUCUUCCUAUAACAGCUUCCCUAUAAACACCAUGAUAUAAUUAUGUGGUGGUUUCAUUUCAGUCUUUAGAACCUGCAGCACCUACCAAUA